AAUAUGUUUUCAAACUACUUUCGAUUUAGACUUAUUGAAUUUUAAACUAAAGACGGAUAGAGUCUGUUUUCUCUGGGCCUCGCAAAUUAGAACAGUAUGGAAAAAGAAGACUUCAGGAAAUGUUCAAUUUGUCUCGAGGAAUAUAAAACACCACGCUAUUUACCUUGCCUACACACUUUUUGUCAGGAAUGCUUAUCAUCCCAUAUUUUGUCCGAAUGUCAAGCUAAGGAGAACCCUGUGGGAUUUGAUUGUCCAAUAUGUCGAAAAUUUGUGCCUUCUCCUUGUUUGUCCAUAGAAAAUGUGAAACCGUGGAGACUGUUGAAGAAAAAGCAGAAAAGAUCAGAUGCAGUGGAUCAGUGGAUGUUUUAUUAGAAGAUAUCAGAAAAUUUGAGGAAAAGCUGUUCGAGGUGAAAGUUAAACAAGAAAGUAAUAUCACCGAAAUAGAAGAUAACACAGAUAAAAUGACAGAGGAAGUCCAAAAGCUAAAAGGAAGUAUCAUUCAGCAUGUUGAAAGACUUGAGAGUGAAUAUUUGGAUGAAAUGUCAAAACUUACAAAACAGUGUAAAGAAAAACUUACAUUGAAUGUCCAGGCGGUGCAAGAUAGAAUGAAUUUAAUGAAGCAUUGUAUCACAAAUUUAGAGCGUGCAAAAGAUCUACAAGGCGUCAAUUUCUUGACAGAGUUCCUUACAGCAGAAAAAACACUAGGCCAUCUCAAGAAAAGCAAAUUAAAUGUAUCUGGCUUUACCAUGGAGUCAGACCUAGAUGCUGGAUUCAAAGCUAUCACAAACCUUACAAAAAUAGGAAAAAUAGCUAUUAUUGAAACAGAGAGAAAUUUUGGAGGGGAAUUUGAUGUAAAGAAUCUAAAUCUGGAAUUAUGUCAGGAGAUAGAAUUACCACACACGAGUGCCAGAAGUUUAAUGCCAUUUUCUAUCAGUGAAAUGUUUAUUCCAGACUUGAUAAAUACAAAUAUCUUUAAGUACAACAGAAACAAUGAAACAUGGAGUUUUCAACGAGAAGAAAAAAUCGGACAAAGAACAUUUGACAUCAAGCGGAAAGAUAAUGUCCUUUAUGAACCAUGUCCAAUUGAUCCAAUGGAGAUGUCGUAG